GGGUCAGAGAUAGAGGCACAGACAAAGCAUAGUAGUCAGAAUGACCUGGGCUUGAAUCCUGGCUCCCACGCCUAUUGGCCGUGUGACCUACGGCGUAGGGGAUGAUGAUACCAUCUGCCUCAUAAGGGUGACGUGCGGAUUCAGUGAAAAAAAUGUAAGCAUUUAGCUCGGAUACAUAGUACGUCCUUAGUUAGUGGUGAAUACAAUAAUUAUUGCUGGACAGAGAAAGAAAACUCAAGAAAUACAAAGAGUUAGCGACCAAGCCUCAUUAGCCCAUGGGAUAUGGCUGAGUCUUGAAAGGGAAAGAGUAAUAAUGGUGAUGAUAAUAAUAGUAAGGUGCACCAUUUAUGGGGCAUCUACCAGGAGGAAGACCCCGUGGGAGGUGCCUUGAACAUUUCUUAUCUCAUGGAAUUCUCACAGCAGCCCCACUGAGAAAACUAGCUCAGAGAAGACUACACAGAAACAAGCUCCAGACUUGAGAACUCGGCUCAGGUCUGCCCUCCUCCAAGGCCUGCACACAGAGUGCAGAGCCCCAGGCAGCUCACCACAGGCCACCCGCCGGCCACCCUCCCCAAGGCUUCCUUCACCAGACUCCUCACUUGUCCUGCCCUGAGAUGUCCAGCCCCAGCUGUCCUGUGGCCACAGUCCCUGUGGUCUACCUUGAGGGGAGGAGGAGAAAGCAGGGAGAGUGAACAGGAGGGAAGACCAGGGGAGCACAUCUGGAGCUUCAGGGAGGAGGUGGAUGGCAGACAGAGGCCCCCUGCCCUGCGGAGGCCUGGGCCUUGGCCUGAGGCUACCGGCGUGCUGGGUGGUGUGUUGGGAGGCUGCUGGAGGAGCACAAGCUCCUGUGAGAGGCAGGGAGACAGAGGCAACCGGGGAGCGCGACACAGAGAGGCACCAACAAAGGCAGAACACAGAUGUCUGAACUUGUAAACAGCGGCGACUCAGGAAAACCGUUGCCCACAGAGGCAGCUGCUCAGCUCAGGGAGGAGACACAGGAAGGUCGCAGGAGGAGUACCAGAGGAAAGGGAGAGAAGAGCCAGGCCGGCCCUGUCCCUGCUGGAUGUUGGGCCCAGGCUUCACCCUGCCGUGGCUGAGGAGAUGCGGAAGGAGGUGUCAGGCGGGGCACUCGGCAUCUAGGUCUGGGGAUGGCAGAAACCAGGGGGCUGCUACAGCCACCAACUCCCCUUCUUUGGGUGUGCCCGGAGCUUGAAGGAUGAGUCGCUGGGUGGGGGCUAGGCCUGACCUUGGCUGAAAAGGUGGGCUGGACCCUUCUGGGAUGGAGCAGACAGGUAGGGGGUACAUCCAUGAGCAUCAGGUGUGAGGUCCAACGUGAGGCCUAGCAAGGGGUACUCCUAAGUCCGAGGAAAAAGCCCCCUUCUCCAGACCUGGGCCUAAGCCCCGAAGAGGCUGAGGCGUGAGCCAGUAGAAGAGGCUGAGCCAGUAGAGGGGUCAGCCCUCAUCCCUGACCCCUCUACUGGCUCCUUCUCCUCCCAGGAGCCUCCAGGAGGAGCAGGGACAAGUUCUGUCUCAGCCGGAGCCUGGCUAUCCGCGCCCAGGCACCGCUGGGCUGCAAGGCACCAAUUGGCCACUGGGUGGCAGCCUUACCCCACACCAAGCUCAGAGGCCUGCAGCGGCGCCUGCCAGACUUCCCAAAGCCCCAACGCAACCGACCUGGGGCUCCUGCAGGCCCAGCUGGUAGCUCCAGCCCAGUGUCGCUGUUGGACUCUCCCCACCCCAACACAAUACACUGUGCUGUACCCUGUAGUUUUUGCAAACCCAGGCUCUCCUCUCUCUUUCUCAGGUCAGACCCUCCAGAGAUUACUUAAAGUCAGGCAAGGCCAGCAUCUUUAAGUUGAGAAAGAGAAACCGCGGCCCAGACAGGAGCAAAGACUUGCUCUUGACCUCGGAAUUAGCUGUGGCCAGGCUCUCCCCGCUCCCUCUAAAGUUCUCUUCCCACCAGUUCACAUAGCCUCCCAUCUCCAUGGGGAGUCCCAGGGCCAAGAGCCUUUAAUCGCAAAGAGACACCAAGCAGAGAGGGGUCCGGGCGUUUGGAAGGUCUGCACUUACAGUCAGCAGUGGCCUAGGUCUGCUCUCAGGCCCCACCCCCAGGGGCUCCAAGGGGAGGACCUGGAAUUCUAGCUGCUUCAUAGCGUUUGUGUUCCGGGCGGAACCUGCCCCGGCCCCAUUCCGCUCACGUGCUGAGUCCUGUCCCUGCACCCACACCCCGACUCCCAGGCCCAGACCAUGCCCUAGGUAGGUGGCAGGCAGUUCAGCCUGCCCUGAGAGGUCACAGUGGGGGAUGAAAGGGAAAACCGGACCUUCGCUUCCGCCCUGCCCUCCCACUGCUCACUGGGUGAGCUUGGCCAAACCGGUGGCCUUCCAGGUUCCCAUUUCUCUUCCUGGCCCUGGCACUGCCUACCAAAGAGCAAAGAAGUUCUUCCCAGUUUGUACCUUCCCUAGUUACUGGUUGAGGGGACCAGGGACAGUUAGCCAAGAGAGACACUCCUUCCAAGCCCAGCACCAGACCCAGGUUCUGGUGCCACUGACAUCCCAGCUCUGCAGGGUCUCGGACCCCCUCAGCCAGCUGACUCCUGACACAAGCCACCCCACCUGGGUGAGGCCUGACCUGCAGCACUGGCCUGAGUCAUGCGGGAUGGACUCGCUGCAGAAACAGGACCUCCGGAGGCCCAAGAUCCACGGGGCAGUCCGGGUGCCCCCCUAUCAGCCACCCACGCUGGCCUCACUGCAGCGCUUGCUGUGGGUCCCUCGGGCUGCCGUGCUGAGCCAUAUCAACGAAGUCUGGCCCAACCUCUUCCUGGGAGAUGCGUACGCAGCCCGGGACAAGAACAAGCUGACCCAGCUGGGCAUCACCCACAUCGUGAAUGUUGCCGCAGGAAAGUUUCAGGUGGACACAGGUGCCAACUUCUACCGUGGAAUGCCCUUGGAGUACUAUGGCAUUGAGGCUGAUGACAACCCCUUCUUCGACCUCAGUGUCUACUUUCUGCCCGUUGCUCGAUACAUCCAAAGUGCCCUCAUCAUUCCCCAAGGCCGCGUGCUGGUACACUGUGCCAUGGGGGUGAGCCGCUCUGCCACGGUUGUCCUGGCCUUCCUCAUGAUCUGCGAGAACAUGACACUGGUGGAGGCCAUCCAGACAGUGCAGGCGCACCGGGAUAUCUGCCCCAACUCAGGCUUCCUCCGGCAGCUCCAGGUUCUGGACAACCGACUGGGGCAGGAGACGGGGCGGCUGUGACCUGGUGGGCAACCAGGAACCCUGACCCUCCAGCCAGCAUGGCCCACCCAACCAGCCUGGCCCUGGGGACCUUGCUUCCAGUGACCUUGAGAUGUAAAUAGCAAGUGGGGGCUUAGCUGAGGCAGAGGCAGGGAGAGCUGGGUGGUGACCUUUAGCAGGUGGAUCUCCCUGACCCAAUCCAAAGAUUCUUUAUGCAGAAAAGAGUUCAGUCUGUCUCUAUAAUAAAAGGUUCAUCAUAAUAAAGA